GACAGUUUUUUUACACUAGGACGCCCAAUAUUGAUUAUGACCCAAACACCCGAGGUGGCACUUCCGUGCCCAGCUGGCGAAAUACGUAUUGGAGGCCGUAAGAGUGAGUUGGCGGUGGCCCAAAGUGAAAUUGUCAAAAGCCUUAUUGAAUCUCAUUGCCCAGCUACUUCCUGUUCCAUUGUAGCCAUCAAAACAUUGGGAGAUGUGAGGUUAGAUCGGGCGCUUUACACAUUCGGCGGUAAGUCGCUCUGGACCCGUGAAUUGGAAGCACUUUUACUUGGAAACGCCGGCAACUUUAAGCAGAUCGAUCUCAUUGUCCACUCCCUCAAAGAUUUACCAACUAACCUCCCCGAGGAAUUCGAGCUCGGGUGCAUCACCGAACGAGAAGAUCCUCGUGACGCCCUCGUCAUGAAGCGUGGCCUGCCCUUCAUGCUGUUGGGCCAGCUUCCCGCUGGAAGUGUGAUUGGUACCUCGUCCAUGAGACGUCUGGCUCAACUUAUGAUGCACUACCCCCAUUUACGAUUCGAGAGCGUUCGUGGUAAUCUUCGGAGCAGAAUCAGAAAGCUCGACGAAGGUGACACUUUUGCCUGUAUCAUUUUGGCGGCUGCCGGAAUGCAUCGGAUUGGCCUCAAGCCUAGAAUAACCCAAUACCUUAACCUGGACGAAAUGUACUAUUCUGUGGGGCAAGGCCUGUUGGGAGUCGAGAUCCGUCGUGGAGAUCCUCGCAUCAGCAAAAUCUUGGCCCAUAUUGAACACAUACCCUCUGCGUACCGGUGUAUUGCUGAGAGAUCAUUGAUGAGGCAUCUCGAAGGAGGGUGCUCGGUCCCCUUGGGAGUUAACACUCACUACGAUGAAACUACAAAAAUACUUUCCUUCAAGGCCAUUAUCGUGUCUCCUGAUGGACAGGAAUGCGCUGAGGCUUCCAUCGAAAUGCCCAUAAAAUGUCGUGAAGACUGUGUGAAGGCUGGAAUACAGUUAGGCGAUAAGUUGGUGGCUCGCGGUGGGAAAAAGAUAUUGGACGCCAUAGACUACCAACGUAUAAACCAGCCUCCCCAAUCAUCGAGCGAAAACUCUUCGCUUUUCACCACAUCUUCCCCCACCACCAGUUAACCUGUCAAAAGACAAUCAUUUCGCAUAACGGCCCACAUCGGCUGUCACGUGAUUUUUUUGUCCUACACAAAAAUAGAUCCAGACAUGGGCCCAUCCUGCCACUAAUUUACAUGGCCCGUCGUCCCAUAUGUAAUGACCUUGCAUCGUGCGUUGCACGCUCUUGUGAAUAGAAACCACGCCAUGAA